AUGAGCGACGUCCCUCUAACCUCACACCGCUUUUGCGAGCGAUGUCGAGGCGAGGGCGCCACGUUUUCGCUCUCAAAAGCGCAGCGAAUGGCGAAAAAGCGAAAAACUGAAAACACAGAAAACGACGCGAACCAAGCGCCGCUACGGCCAGAGAAGCGUACGGAGUGCGUCGAGUGCGGUGGUUCUGGUGUCGUUGAAGGCGUCGUGGACGUUCGAUCGACGAAGGGCGUGGCCAUCGUGGGCGGCGGUGUGGGUGGCGCCGCGCUCGCGCUCGCGCUUCGGCAGCGCGGCGUCGAGGCGACGAUUUACGAGCGCGACGCGAGUUUCGAGGCGCGAAAGCAAGGGUACGGGUUGACUAUGCAAAAGUAUUCGGGUGGACAGGCUCUGAGGGCGCUCGGAUUACGGUUAAGAGGGGUCGGGAGCGACGCGCACGUGAGUCUUGACGCCGGCGGCAGAGUGCUCGGCGCGUACGGACACAGUGAGCGAGAAGCCGCGAAGGAUGAUGCGGGGACGAGCGGAAGGGAUGAGAUUUCAGAGGCAGUGAGUGAUGAGAAACGAAACGUGCACCUGCCUAGGCAAAAGUUGCGGCAAUCGUUGUUGGACGCGCUCGAACCGGGGGUGGUGCGGUGGGGGAAGCGAUUGGAUCGAUACGAGGAGACACGCGAUGGCGUGACGUUGCGAUUUGACGAUGGUACGACGGCAAAGGCGGGAAUUCUGGUCGGUGCGGAUGGGAUAUUCUCUCGCGUCCGGGCCCAGAAAUUGGGGGAGGAUCCUUUGUCGUAUCUGGGCGUCCUCGUCGUCUUGGGCAUCUGUCGCGGCGUCCAUCAUCCAUUGUGUCGUAACAAGGUGUUCCAGGUCGUGGACGGGGAGAAUAGGAUGUACGCCAUGCCGUUCACUGCGUCUCCCGAUGGUGACGGAUGUAUACCGCCUCUCGAAAAUGCGGUGACGCCGAUGGAGGGCGAAGAAGAACCGGGGGCGAUGAUGUGGCAACUGUCGUUUCCAGUGACGGAGGACGAGGCGCGAAAACUCGCCGCGGAUUCGCACCUCUUGCGCGAGGAGGCAUUGCGACGGUGCGGAGGCUGGCCCGAACCCGUGAAUCAUCUGUUGUCGCAAACUCACGAGGAUUGCAUGGCAGGAUACCCUGCGUAUGAUCGAGACAUGACGCCGGCGAAAAUGCUUCGCGGCGAAGAAUCAUCGCUCGUCACGCUCAUCGGCGACGCGGCACAUCCGAUGUCACCCUUCAAGGGACAAGGCGCGAAUCAGGCGCUCUUAGACGCCGUGCAAUUGGCGAGACACAUCGUCCGAUCCCCAGAUUAUUUACUUCCGGGGGAUCGUAGGUACGGGUGUGUCUUCCCUGUGUCGAGCACGCAGGAGGCGCUCUCGCUGGCGGAGCGACGCAUGUUGGAGCGCGCGAAGGGCAAGGUUGAAAAGUCGCGCGAUGCCGCAAAGUACCUGCACUCGCCAGCCGCGCUGGCCGAAGGAAAUCGCGUACGCGCGCACGCUGCGGCUGAGGCGUUCGAUUCGAAGCCAGAAUAG